UUAGGCAUCCAAAUGGGACCCCAAUGCCAUGCACUUUCGAUUAUAAUAAUGGUGGGUUCUUCAAAACAAACUGCCAAGUAACUUUUCACCGUAGUUUCUUCUUGCAGGUUCUCUCUGUCAGAGACACCAAAGUUACUGGGUUGUUUCUCAGGGAUGAUCAAGGAGAUUACAGUGGUCUUGUGUCUGGAGUUGGCUGUAUGGCAUAUCAGGCCACCCACCCUCCACCUCCGAAGCUCUGUGGUGCCCCAGGUGGUCCUCCCGUUACAGCACCUAGAAUAAAGCUGAGAGAUGGGAGGCAUCUGUCCUACAAGGAGCAUGGUUUUCCUAGAGAAAAGGCCAAAGCUAAGAUCAUACUUGUUCAUGGCUUUGCCACUACGAAACAUGACAUAAUGAGUAUGACAGACCUUGUUCCGCAUGUUGUUGAGGAGCUUGGGUUGUACUUUGUGUCCUUUGACCGGCCGGGUUAUGGAGAAAGUGAUCCAGAUCCAAAGCGAACUCCGAAAAGUAUAGCUUUAGAUAUAGAGGAGCUUGCUGAUCACUUAGGACUAGGAUCCAAGUUUUAUGUGAUGGGGUUCUCCAUGGGAGGCCAAGUGGUUUGGGGCUGCCUCAAGUACAUACCUCAUAGGCUCGCAGGAGCAACACUAAUUGCUCCUGUUGUCAACUAUUGGUGGCCUGGCUUUCCUGCCAACUUAUCGACAGAAGCCUACUACCGGCAGAUACCACAGGAACAAUGGAUGUUAAGCGUUGCUCACCAUGCUCCGUGGCUCACCUACUGGUGGAACACUCAGAAAUUGUUUCCUGCCUCGGCUGUUAUCGCCAGGAAGCCUGAGAUUUUCUCCCGCCAGGAUUUAGAACUCGCCUCUAUGGCUGCAGAGAAAAGCGAGGACAGGCCACCAGCAACGCCGCAAGGAGAAUUUGAGUCCUUACAUCGAGACUAUAAUGUUGGAUUCGGGAAGUGGGAAUUUGAUCCCAUGGAGCUUGAAAAUCCUUUUCCUAACAAUGAAGGCUCAAUUCAUCUAUGGCAGGGUGAUGAAGAUGUACUGGUGCCAGUUAGCUUGCAGCGAUAUAUAGCCCAAAGAAUUCCAUGGAUUAACUACCAUGAAUUGCCUGGUGCUGGACAUCUAUUCCUCGCUAUCCCACGGAACUUCGAACAAAUUGUAAAGGCUCCUUUUCCGGGAAAGAAGUAAUCCUAUUUGUUGUUGGGUUAGGUGUGGACAGUGUAUCCUUGAUGCUGUUCUUAAUUGCAAACAUCUUAUGUCUUUGUGCUGUACAAGCUAUGUUUGCAAGACAUAAAUAAAUUUGUAAAAUUAGGCAUCCAAA